AUGUCAGUCUUCGAUGUGUGGUCUACAUUUGUCUCACAUGUCGUAGGAGGUACUGCUGGAUGCGUCCUGGCGUCUCGCUUGUCAGAGGAUGGCAGCUCGACCGUACUUCUCAUUGAGCGUGGCGGAGUGGAUGACGCAUGGGAUUCACGGGUUCCAUUACUGUCCAGCAAUCACUUUCGAAAAGGCUGUGGCAGCGUGAGGUGGCCCUCAGAACCGUUAGCAGAAGCAAACAAUAGCUCCCUGACAAUACUGGAAGCAGAAGUCUUGGGCGGAAAGUCUCGUAUAAAUGGAAUGGUGUAUACUCGCGGUUCGCCCGCCGAUUACAACCGCUGGGAAGAGCUUGGAAAUGUUGGCUGGGCAUACGACGAUGUCGAGCCGUACUUCAUCAAGUCUGAAACCUCUCUAAUGCAUGCAAAGGCGCCAUAUCGAGGACAUACUGGUAGAUCUCGCGAUGCGGCUGUGAAAUUGGGCUUGCCUAUCAUCGACGAUGUCAAUUCACCGACCGCUCCUCCUGUCGGUGUCAGCACAAUGGAUAUAGUGUUGGAUCGCCAGAUGCAUCGCGAAUCCACGUAUCGGACAUUUCUGCCCCUAUCGUUGGCGUUGGCGCGCAAGUCCUCCUUGAAAAUCUGUACUCAUGCGACCGUUACCCGUGUCAACAUCUCAGACUGCGCUGGUGACGGGCUCGUAGCGAAAGGCGUAUACUUUGAGUCGAUGAAGGAAGCUGCCCCACGUGAGACAUUCUAUGCGUCAGCUCGGAAGGAAGUUGUUUUGUGCUGUGGGGCACUUGUGUCCCCUCAGAUACUUAUGCUGAGCGGUAUCGGACCGAAGGUUCACCUGGAAGAACACGAUAUCUCAGUAGUCAAGGACCUGCCGGGUGUUGGCAGCCGCUUGCAAGACCACCUGGGCGUUCCUGUAAUGUAUCAGGUCCCGCCGGCAGAUUCUGUUCAUGGCCUGGAACUGAAUCCUCUGCGUGCUAUAAUCGAGUUUCUCAAAUAUGUACUCUUCGGCGCCGGGCUCUUUACAGCGUCUUUCCUACAGCUGACUGUCUUCGCCAAGUCUUCAUUUUUGAACAGUAACACGGAAGCCGUGGCGCAUACAGCGCCACAGCUCAACCCGAAUGUUCCCGACAACAGGCCUGAUAUCGAAGUGAUGCCUGUCGCCUCAAACUGCUCAGACGAGGUGAUACCAAACACCGCAAUAUUUUCUUUCUUAACGUCACUUCUACGCCCUCAGUCGGUGGGCUCAGUCAGGCUGUCCUCGAAUGACCCAUACAGCCACCCUCGUGUUCAACUUGGCUACCUCACUAAUCCUGCCGAUUACGAGCCGAUGCGUAAAGCCUUGAAGCUUGCGUUGCGCCUGGCGGACCAUAUGCGAGCGGCUGGUUACCCCCUCAAGAACUUGAAAGUUCCCGCAAGUGAAAACGAGGCGGACCUGGAUAACCAUGUGCGCUGGAACUUGCGCACCUGUUACCAUUUCUGCGGAACUUGUGCUAUGGGCCCCCACCAGGACUCCGUCCGACCAGGCGUGGUCGACGCGGAGUUGCGAGUGCAUGGCGUGGGUGGACUCCGAGUAUGUGACGCGUCUGUCUUUCCGGAGAUUAUCGCCACGCAUACCAUGGCUCCGGUGGUGAUGGUGGCAGAGAAGUGUGCUGAGCUCCUUAAGGCAGUCGGAAGUGUGGCGUGA